AGUAAAAAACGAUUUGUUGCACAGGAUCUAUUAUGAGACCACAGAAUAUAAUAUCAUCUUCAAUACGGAGAUGAGUACAUAAAGUAAAUAUUUCAGAAAGGAAUCCACACGACAGGGCAGAGUGAGUGGAUGGAGAAAGGGUUAUAUAGUGUAAGUGAGAGUAGUAACGCCUGGACUGAGUAAGAGAACAUUGACUUAAUGUUAUUUGUGUCAGUCUAACGUCUUCAAAGAGGAAGUGGAUCAGUACAGACUCUGUUAAAAGGAGGUAGUGCUUCUCACAUUGUUUUUCUUUAAAUUGACUUUUUAUCUAACAAGUUUAUUAGCUCUAUAUGAAGUGUUUGUGUAGUUAAUUAACUUGUACUUGGCAGAGAGGAAGGGUUUAUGGAUGGACAUGAUGAGGAAAUGGGUUGUGAACUGUGAGUAUAUUUGGGUAUGUGUACACUUGAAUUCUGUUUGAUGUACAAACAUAUUCCACCAACAUUCUUCUCUCUGUUAGAACAUGUUUAGGCUUACAGUGGUGAUACAAUGUUGGGGACCAACUGGUUCCUACAGGGAGGAGGUGGAUCAGUGAAGCACUUUGUACCUCGACUCUCCCUUCAGUUCACCAGACAGCAGGAUGGAGAGCAGAGCUCAACACAGAGGGGAGAAAUCGAUUACUACUGAUCACUACUUGAUCCAAAAUGGCUCCUGUUCCUGAGCUACUGCUGGCCACUCUGGAGGACCUGCUCGAAGCAGAUCUGAGGAUGUUUAAAUGGCGCCUGACCAAGGACGUGCUGGAAGGCUUUCCUCACAUCCCAGUGAGCCAACUGGAGAAUGCUGACAGACUGGACACUAUAAAGAAGAUGGUGGAGACCUACGGUCCUGAGGGAGCUGUGAAGAUCUCACUGAAAAUCCUGAGGAAGAUGAAGCAGAACCAACUGGCUGAAACGUUAAAGAACGAGUACAAUGAGGGUGAGACAACAGAACCAGCAGCCCAGAGUGCUCCAGUGGUUUUAGAAGUCAGAGUCCAAGACAAACUGAAAUCCUACCUUAAGAAGAAGUACGGCUGUAUAUAUGAGGGGACGUCAAGAGAAGGUGAUUUCAUCUACCUAGACCAGAUCUACACUGAGCUCCAUGUGAUCGAGGGGGCCUGGGGUGGGGUCAGAGAUGAGCACGAGGUCAUACAUCUGGAAUCCAGAACACCAGCCACAGGAGAGACCACUAUUGAAGCCAACAACAUUUUCAAACCCCGACCUGAUCAAAAGAAGCCAAUCAGAACAGGGCUUACACUGGGCAUCGCUGGCGUGGGAAAGACUGUCUCUGUUCAGAAGUUUAUUCACGACUGGGCAGAAGGAAAGGAGAACCAAGACAUUGAUUUCAUCUUUCCACUUCCUUUUCGCCAAAUUAAUUCUAAUAUAGGGGAAAAGGACUGCAGUCUGAUUGAACUGCUUCAUCAAUUCUUCACUUUCAUGGAACCAGUAAAGACACUGGGGGAAGGUUCUAAAGUUCUAUUCAUCUUUGAUGGUCUGGAUGAGAGUCGAUUUCCUCUGAACUUCAACAAUAAGGUUCUGACAGACGACACAAAGCCAGCCUCGCUGGACAAACUUAUCACAAACCUCAUCACAGGAGAGCUCCUCCCCUCUGCUCUCAUCUGGAUAACCUCCCGACCUGCUGCAGCCAAUCAGAUCCCUCGUCAACACAUCCACCAGUGGACAGAGGUACAAGGCUUCAAUGACCCACAGAAAGAGGAGUACUUCAGGAAGAAAAUUAGUGAUGAGAACCUGGCCAGCAGAAUCAUCAACCAUGUCAAGGCAUCAAGGAGCCUCCACAUCAUGUGCCACAUACCAGUGUUCUGUUGGAUUUUAGCCACUGUUCUAGAGAAACUGUUGGGUGAAACAGGGAGUGGAGAGUUGCCCAAAACCCUGACUGAGACGUACUUACACUUCCUGAUCUUUCAGACAGACAGGAUGAGAGCAAAAGCGAAUUUCGUAGGAAGUGACAACAUAGUCCUCAAACUUGGAGAGCUGGCAUUCCGUCAGCUGGAGAAGGGAUAUCUGAUCUUCUAUGCGAAAGACCUGAUAGAGUGUGGCAUUGGUGUCAGAAAAGCAUCCGUGUACUCAGGUUUGUGCACCGAGAUCUUUAAGGUGGAGGGGAGGACAAGUCAGAAGACAGUGUUCAGCUUUGUGCAUCUGAGCAUCCAGGAAUGUCUUGCUGCUGUUUAUGUGUUUCUCACAUUCAUAAACCGCAGUAAAAACCCACUGGUCCAACAGAACUCAUUUUUGUGGAUAUUGCGGAAACACCAACCUAUGAUGAACUUACACAAGAGUGCAGUGGACAAGGCCCUAAAGAGUAAGAAUGGACACCUGGACCUGUUCCUCCGUUUCCUUCUGGGCCUCUCAACUGAGUCCAAUCAGACUCUCCUACAAGGCCUACUGACACAGACAGGAAGCAGCUCACAGACCAAUGAGGAAAUAGUCGAGUACAUCAAGAUGAAGAUCAGGAAGAAUCCCUCUCCGGAGAGAUGCAUCAAUCUGUUUCACUGUUUGAGUGAGCUGAAUGACCAUUCUCUAGUGAAGGAGAUCCAAAGCUACCUGAGCUCAGGAAGUCUCUCAGGAGCCAAACUGUCACCUGCACUGUUUUCAGCUCUGGUGUUUGUGUUGCUGUCUUCAGAAGAGGAGCUGGAUGUGUUUGACCUGAAGAAAUACUUUAGAUCAGAGGAGUGUCUUCUGAGGAUGCUGCCAGUAGUCAAAGCCUCCAGAACAGCUCUGCUGAAUCAAUGUAACCUCUCAAAACGAUGCUGCAAAGCGCUGGGCACAGCCCUCAUCUCCUCACACUUGAAAGAGCUGGACCUGAGUGGCAAUGACCUGCAGGAUUUAGGAGUGAAGCUGCUCUCUGCUGGACUGCAGAGUCCACAAUGUAAACUGGAGACACUGAAGCUGUCAGGCUGUCAGGUGACAGAGGAAGGAUGUGCUGCUCUGGCUUCAGCUCUGAGGUCAAACCCCUCCCACCUGAGAGAGCUGGACCUGAGCUACAAUGACCCAGGAGAGUCAGGAGUGAAGCUGCUCUAUGCUGGGCUGGAGGAUCCACACUGUAAACUGGAGAAACUCAAUGUGGCCCAUGGUAGAGGGUGCAGGUUGAAAUCAGGGCCCCAAAAAUAUGCCUGUGAUCUCACGCUGGACCCAAACACAGCACACACAAGCCUCUCUCUGUCUGAGGAGAACAGGAAGGUGGCAUGGACCUGGAUGGCACAACCGUAUCCUAAUCACCCAGAGAGAUUUGAGGACUAUGAACAGGUGCUGUGUAGAGAGGGUCUGACUGGGUGCUGUUACUGGGAGGUAAAGUUCAGUGGGAGGGCUUGUAUAGCAGUGACAUAUAAAGGAAUCAGCAGGAGAGGAAAGGGUCCUGACAGUCGGCUUGGAGCCAAUGACAAGUCCUGGAAUCUGAACAGCUUUUAUGACAAUUACUCUGCCAGGCACAAUUAUAAGAGAACUGACAUACCUGUCCCCUCAUCACGCUCCAACAGAGUAGGAGUGUAUCUGGACUGGCCGGCCGGCACUCUGUCCUUCUACAGCGUCUCAUCUGACACACUGACCCACUUGUACACAUUCCACUCUACAUUCACUGAGCCCCUCUACCCAGGGUUUUAUGUAAGGGGUGACACAGGGACUGUGACCCUGUGUCAGGUAGAAUAGCCUCCUGUGUCCUGGAGGAACACCCGAGUCUUCAAGGAAGUCAUACUCCUGUUCAAUCACAACUGGGUGACUUGAUGGGAUGUGUUUCACUCUAAUCAUGACAUGAAUGAGUAAGUAACCAUAUAUGUACAUCUCUAAAGUUGACUGACCUUGUAACUAGAAUCUCCACACUGCUGUAAAAACCUCUAAUUUAUAAUCAUUAAUCUAGUUAUUGCUUUUCCUUAUUGUUUGUAAUAAAAUGUCUCUUGAAUGUU